AUGACGUCCAAGCUAAAAUGCCAUCAUUACAAGGUGAAGCACAUCCCUAGGCCCAUGACGUCCAAGCUAAAAUGCCAUCAUUACAAGGUGAAGCACAUCCCUAGGCCCAUGACGUCCAAGCUAAAAGGCAGAGGAGCCACACACCCUCCCGCUUCAGCCAAGUCUGAUAUUUCAGCUCACCUUGCGCCUCUCGAUCUAAAAAUACUUGAGCUCAGUUCCUGCCUGCUGGGCCGCGUUUAUUGCCUCGCUGCACCGUGCCAGGCCCAGGCCCAGGUCCAGCUACGGCCGCGUAUAUUCCCUUGGUGGACUGCCUCCGUCUCUCUCUCCCGCGGCGGCUACAACCCAAUCCGCGUCAAGGGAAUCAAGCAGAGAGAAUCCCCAAGAAGAAGAAGAAGAAGAAGAGAGUCGCCGGCGGCGGAAGGCAGCAAGAAGAUGACUCGGGGCAACCAGAGGGACCGCGACCGCGAGCGCGCGGCGGCGCGGAAGCCCAACUCCAAGAACGGCGGCGACGGCCUCACCCCGGAGCAGCGCCGCGAGAGGGACAAGAAGGCGCUCGAGGAGAAGAACGCCAAGAAGGCGGCGCAGGCCUCCGGGAGCACCUCCACGGACGCCAAGACCAAGGACGGCAAGAAGUAGUAGUAGGAGAGGCGUCGCCGCCACCACCGGGAUGCCGGCGCCGCCUCUUCGCGACUACCAUAAAGUUUGUACCCUUAUUGUUUGCAGCAUCUGCUGAUCUUUGUGCCUUAAUCGUGUAUGGUUGGUUAAAACUGUCGUUAGCUGCAGUCUUUGUUGCCAUAUGAGUCUGUACUCUUGAUGAAAUCCUCAACCCACGAUGAUAAUAAUCAGCAGCCUUCUGGUUU